CACCGAGUCACUGGGCCGGUGCAAUUCACAAUAGCGGUAUUGCACUACGAUUGCGUACGGGCCAUUUGUUUUUAUUUAUUUAUUUACUUAUAUAAACUUUGUCUGGAGUUCUCAAACGGCGCUUGCAAUAAGGGUUCAUCUGAUCCUGCAAGAUUAUGCCAAGGCGAUGAAACCCCCUAAGCGUCGUGUAGGGUACGGAGUAAGCAGAGCAGUUACCAGUACGGCAAGAUAUUCACGUGCAGUCGCCACCUCCUUGAGUCACUCCUGAUCGGAUAGAAGCUACAUUUGAUACUUGAACUGGACAGAGCGGAGCACCAAGUAUCAAAAUGUACAUCAGUUGACACGCAUAUUUCUUCUAUUCGGUCAACCACAACACUCGUAGAAUCUCGCUUGGCAACACUACUGCCAACUUUUCCUUCUUUCCCGCUUGUCAAUCCUCCACAUACGGAGCACCCCGUCCUCGCGACGCCUUCCAUAAUAUCAUUCGGCUUCAGGAGGCAGCCGUUUAUUUUGUCACCACCACUGCUUGCGAAGAGCUUCGGUCCCCAUAGCCUCAUCAACAUGUCAUCCAGAAGAUCAUCCCGUCUGAGUACUGCCGCCGCAACCGAGAAAUCGGAACCAGCUACUUCAACUGUGGUAAAUCAGAGCAAGAAAAGAAAGAAUUCAGAGCUAGAAGCAGUCAAGUUAAGCCCAAACAGCAAAGACGAUGGCCCGGCAACGCCAAAGAAAAAGCGAGCCUCCAAAAAAGCGCCUCCACCAGUCACUCCAACUCCGGCCUUGGCCAAACUGUUAGCGAUGCCCUACAGUUCUGGAGAUAUUGAUGAUAGUACACCUCCCCCGUUAACAGACAGGCUCGCCGUCCCCAAUGGAACAAAUGCCCCUCUGAUAUCACCUGAAACUCAUCGACUCAUUUCGACCAAGCCUCUAGAUCAAGUUUCGCCGUCAAAAAAGACCAAUGGCACGACUACGACAAAAAAUAUACUUGACGAUGCCCUAGCCCAUCUCAUCAAGGUUGAACCAAAAUUGAAGCCAAUCAUUGAGAAACACCCAUGCCAUUGCUUCUCCGUUGAGGGAUUGGCUGAGGAGAUUGACCCAUUCAGAAGUCUGGUGAGCGGGAUAAUAUCACAACAGGUAAGCAUCUUUAAAGUGUUGUCUCAACUACAAUAAUCUUCACUUCGAGGUGCACGGAGUCCCCUCCAAAUUUUCCAUUUGUAUAAGAAGGCCCUUGGAGAACCAGAAUAGUGAAUUCCUCAUUUCUUGGUUUUGUCUCGUACAAUACUGUAUCUUUCAUGGCCUAUCGAAUUUAUGAAAUCCCGUGGAGCAUUUCUGGUCAACUUAUGUUCUUAAUUCUUUCCUCGCGAUUGACAAAGCACACAGGUCUCAGGCGCAGCAGCAAAAUCAAUCAAAGCCAAAUUCGUAACUCUCUUCAACGAAGGCGACGAAUCACAAACCCACACCUUCCCAACCCCAUCCCAAGUAGCAUCCAAAACAAUCGAAGUUCUUCGCACCGCGGGCUUGUCCCAACGAAAAGCAGAAUACGUCCAAGGACUCGCCCAAAAAUUCAGCGGCGGAGAAAUCACCACUGAAAUGCUCUUCUCGGCGUCCUAUGAAGAGGUUUUUGGAGAGCUCAUCAAGGUAAGAGGACUGGGGAAGUGGAGUGUCGAGAUGUUUGCGUGCUUUGGUUUGAAGAGGAUGGAUGUUUUUUCUACUGGUGAUUUGGGUGUUCAGAGAGGGAUGGCGGCGCUCGCGGGUAGGGAUGUGUCGAAGUUGAAGGGGAAGGGUGGGAAGUGGAAGUAUAUGAGUGAGAAGGAGAUGGAGGAGACGGCUGAAAAGUUCAAGCCAUACAGGUAAGUGACCACCUGAUAAAUAUGUUGUUCUCAACUCACCAUCUGAUAGGAGUGUGUUUAUGUGGUAUUGUUGGAGAGUUGAGGAGGUAGACAUCAGCACGUUUGAGCAAUGAAGCAACUCUCGUUCUAGUAUGGAAUGGAACAGAAUACUGAAUUUUCGACCUUCCAAAUGAAUAUCGAAUUGCCAUGUAAAAUAUCUUUCUGGUUCUGCCUGACUAGUCAUCUCGUGUGGUGGCUAAUCGAUAACUUUCCCUUUCCAGGUAUUGCGACAUCUAGGCCCUUGAGCUAUUGAAAGGGAUAUGAUUGAUUUAUCAUUUACGUACCAAAAAGCCUGUGAGAUUCCUUGCAACACGCCGGUAGACUAGGCAUCAAGUAUCCUGAGACCGACCUUUUAGACGACAAAGUACCGUGGAGCUCCCAGCUUGACCAUCCAACUUCGUAUCCGCUACUCCCCUCCAAUACAGGAUACCGCACCAAAACCACUUUCCUGUAUCUCUUAAAAGCUAACUGCCGCUUCCAGAAGCGGCAUCCAAGAAUUUGCAGGUUGAAGACCAGUGUUCGGGGAUAAUCUUGCCCCCUUGGCUUUUGCAGUCGCUACCGUCGUCCCAAUUACAAUCAGCAUAAUCGUUGGUGGCUUUCAGUUUGAUGCAUGCCCCUUCUGUAUUUGGAGGAUCAGAUUCUCCAUUCGCUGCGUAGCACUUUCCAGUUUUCCAAAAUAGGUCGGCGAGUACAUUAGUGGCUGAAAAGGCAAUGGUGAGGAGUGUCUUUUGGAGCUGCAUUUUGUUGAAGAGAGAUUUAUUGUUCUUGAGAAGGUCGUAGUGUGAGAAAAUUGCAGAGUGCUUGAGAAGAUUGUAGAACCUGUUGAAGUACUACAGGUUCACCGAUAUAAGUGGUGUCAGAGCACAGUAAAUGAGUACGGUGAGAAGAUGAUAAGGGUCUUAUGACAAAGGGAGGUACAAUUUAUAUAGACG